AUGCCUGCUGCUACUGAUGCCCAGUUUCAAGAAGCUAUCAUACCUUCAACUGCUCUAAAGCCUGAAGCUUCAGAUCCCGAACCUCCUCAUCUGAGCUUUCGCUCCUUCGUCGAAGCCCUCCGCCAGGACAAAGACCUUGUGGAUAUCAACGAGCCUAUCAAUCCGGAUCUGGAGGCUGCAGCAAUCACUCGCCUCGUUUGCGAAACCGACGACAAGGCCCCUCUAUUCAACAAUGUUAUUGGAGCCAAGGAUGGCCUCUGGCGAAUCCUAGGAGCGCCAAAUUCUCUGCGCAGCUCUCCCAAGGAGAGAUUUGGCCGUCUUGCACGACACUUGGCCCUACCUCCUACUGCCUCUGCCAAGGAGAUUUUCGACAAGAUGCUCUCUGCUCACAGCAUCCCUCCUAUUGAGCCAGUUAUUGUGCCCACCGGACCUAUCAAGGAGAACUCUAUUGAAGGGGAUGAUAUCGAUCUGGAGGCUCUUCCAGUGCCUAUGCUCCAUCAGUCAGAUGGCGGCAAAUACAUCCAGACUUAUGGAAUGCACGUCAUUCAGUCCCCUGACGGUAGCUGGACCAACUGGUCAAUUGCCCGGGCCAUGGUAAAUGGAAAGAGGACAAUGGCCGGCCUUGUUAUCAAACCCCAGCAUAUUCGGAGAAUCCAAGAUCAAUGGCGCGCGGUUGGUCAAGAGGAGAUACCCUGGGCACUCGCCUUUGGUGUCCCUCCUACCGCCAUCAUGGUCUCGUCGAUGCCUAUCCCUGAUGGAGUCAGUGAAGCCGGAUACGUGGGAGCUAUCGCUGGCGAGCCCAUCAAGUUGGUCAAGUGCGACACCAACAACCUCUAUGUUCCGGCCAAUUCGGAGAUCGUUCUCGAGGGCACUCUUUCUACGACCAAGAUGGCGCCUGAAGGACCCUUUGGAGAGAUGCACGGCUAUGUUUUCCCAGGAGAUAGCCACCCAGGACCUGUGUACACAGUCAACAAGAUUACGUACCGCAACAAUGCCAUCAUGCCCAUAAGUGCUUGCGGCCGUCUGACGGAUGAGACUCAAACUAUGAUUGGAUCCCUUGCGGCUGCGGAGAUCCGCCAGCUCUGCCAGGGGGCCGGCCUUCCCAUCACCGAUGCUUUCGCUCCCUUCACCGGCCAAGCCACCUGGGUCGCCCUCAAGGUCGACACCGAGCGCCUCCGAGCUAUGAAGACCAAUGGUAGAGCCUUUGCCAAACAGGUCGGCGAUGUUGUCUUUGCCCAGAAGCCCGGCUAUACCAUCCACCGUCUCAUUCUCGUCGGCGAUGACAUUGACGUCUAUGAUGACAAAGAUGUCAUGUGGGCCUUUACAACUCGUUGCCGCCCUGGCACAGAUGAGGUGUUCUUCGAGGACGUCCUUGGAUUCCAGCUUAUUCCGUACAUGAGCCACGGUAAUGCGGAUGCUUCCAAGGGCGGCAAGGUUGUUAGCGACGCUCUCCUUACUGCAGAGUAUACCACUGGCAAGGACUGGGAGGCUGCUGACUUUAAGAGCUCUUAUCCCAAGAACAUUCAGGAUAAGGUUGUCAGGAACUGGGAGAGACUGGGCUUUAAGAAGCUGGAAUAA